UGUCUACUUCUGUGGUGUUUCACUGAGUUGUUAAGAAACCUGAUGUCCGUAGAAGUACCCAGACAUCGACGGGCAGUCGCUAAGCAACAAGAGACCAACAUCGCUGAAAGUACCAUACUGUUGAAUGAUACCAUAUUUGGACAACAAACGGAGCAAAUCAGCACUGACAAUACAAUUGUGGAAUUUAUUAACUUUGUUGACAACAUCUGUGUGGUUGGAUUACAAGUUGAAAAGAACAAUGCAUUGUUAAUGAGCUAUGUAUUAGAUUUCUUCCAUGUGACAAGUGGACUCUAUUCCAGACAUGGCUUCAAAUUUCUACAGCUUCCAUCAUCACCCAUAGUGAAGAGAGCUUUGUAUGGUAAUAGUGCUGUGUUUGUCUCCAAGAUAAAUGAGCUUCUCUGUCGAUACAGUGAUGAGGUCAAUUUGAUGAAGGAAUCUCAAGCUGAGUAUGUGGAUAUUUUGAAGGAGAAGAUACCUAUUAUGAACAACUAUGUCUUAUGUGUCUGCAACGCUCUGUGGCAGUCUAAGGCGUUUAAGAAUGCCAAGUUUCAGAGCACACUCUCUGCGAUUGAGACAUAUCUGCCGUCGUCACGGAGAGCCAAUGCCAGUUUCUCUGUUUUAUUGCAUCCAGCUUUACAGAUGUUUGUGAAAAAGCAACAAGAACUUAAUCAGACACAUUCAACACCUAGAACUAGAGAACUGGCUAUUUUGAAUUCUCUGAAGUCACAUGAUCUGGAUGGAAUCUAUACAUUUGCAACUACAUUUGUUGGGCGGUAUGCAAGAAAAUAAUAUUGCCGCAUGGAUCACUUUGCCAUCGUUUACCAUCUCAUCAGUUUCUAAUUGUUUUCAUUUGUAGUAUAAAUCCUUACAGAUUGUGUACACGGUAGAUAAUUUUUUUACUUAUUUAUUGUGAUAAAAAUAGCAAUAACAGUUAAGAAGUUGUCUGUUAUUUGCUAGUCAUUGUUCUUUCAGCACUGCCUAUUUUUUAUUCAUACUGCCC